ACUAUGAGAAGACAAAGAAAUGAAGUUGUCGUGGAGUUGAGAAAGAACAAAAGAGAUGAGCAUCUCCUAAAGAGAAGGAAUGUUCCCCACGAAGAUAUCUGUGAGGAUUCUGAUAUUGAUGGGGACUUCAGAGUGCAAAACACUUCUUUGGAGGCAAUAGUACAGAAUGCUUCAAGUGACAACCAGGGUAUUCAGUUAAGUGCUGUGCAGGCAGCAAGGAAGCUGCUGUCCAGUGACCGCAACCCACCCAUCGACGACCUCAUAAAAUCAGGAAUAUUACCUAUCCUAGUGCACUGUCUUGAAAGAGAUGACAAUCCUUCCUUACAGUUUGAAGCUGCGUGGGCGCUGACAAACAUCGCCUCUGGCACCUCGGAGCAGACCCAGGCUGUGGUUCAAUCCAAUGCUGUGCCGCUUUUCCUGAGACUGCUGCAUUCACCUCAUCAAAAUGUUUGUGAGCAAGCAGUGUGGGCUUUAGGGAAUAUCAUAGGUGG